AUGUCAUUGAAGCGACCUGGAGAUACUCGUUGGAGUUCACAUUACGGUACUCUUGUCAACUUGAUACACUUAUAUUCUUCUAUUGUUGAUGUUCUUGAGUAUGUUGGGGAGAAUGGUCAUGACGAUUCAAUAAGGGCUGAAGCUGAUGAUGUGCUAGAAAUUAUAAAUAGUUUUGAGUUUGUCUUUGUGUUAUAUCUUAUGAAGCAAAUCUUGGGAAUCACACAUGAACUCUCCCAAGUGCUACAAAAGAAAGAUCAAGACAUUGUUAAUGCGAUGAAUCUUGUCAAGGUAGCAAAAUCACGUCUGCAAAUAAUGAGGGAAAAAGAUUGGGAUGUAUUGCUUGCUGAUGUUUCUAAGUUUUGUAGCAAAUAUGAACUGGAUGUGCUUGACAUGGAAGAUGAGUUUGUAGCUCGAAAAAAAGGAAGACGUAGAGCUGAGAAAAUGAAGAAUCUCCACUAUUAUCGAGUUGAGCUCUUUUGUUCUGUUAUUGACUUGCAAGCUCAAGAGUUGAAUCAACGUUUUGAUGAAGUCAACGCAGACUUAGUUUUAUGCAUGUCAUGUUUUGAUCCUAGGGAUUUAUUUUCUGCAUUUGAUUUGGAGAAGCUGCUUCGUCUUGCACGGUAUUAUCCUUCUGAAUUUUCUGAAGUUGCUUUGUCCGAGCUUAAAAGUCAACUUGAGAACUUUAUUUUCAAUGUGCGCAUAGAUGAAAAGUUUUCACAAAUAUCAGGAAUCAGUGGUCUUUCUCAAAAGAUGGUUUCUACAAGGAAACAUGAAGUUUUUCCAAUGGUUUAUUCAUUAGUUAAGUUGUCAUUGAUCUUACCAGUUGCCACUGCAUCAGUAGAAAGAGUCUUUUCAGCAAUGAAGAUCAUCAAGACUUCUCUACGUAAUAGCAUGGGAGACCAACUAUUGAAUGAUUGCUUAGUUCCUUACAUCGAAAAGGAUGUAACGGCGAUCUGA